AAUCAGAUACUAUGUAUUCACUCUGAAUUGAGAGUAUGCGUAAUUGCAGCGCAAAUUUAGGUUAGACGUGUAGAUAGUCCAGCUUCCUGUCACAUGUCCGGUACAGUACAGUCACAUGACUUCAGUUGAGAAAAAUGAAAGCUGGAUGCAACCAGCUUAAACCUGCAGUGCUUGUUUUGAUUGUGGAGUUAUGUUUCUGUGCAAGUUAUCAACUGAAAGAACCACAGGUAUGUGAGCUCUGCAGCGGCGCAGUCCUAAAUGGCAGCGAAGUGGGCCGGUUUUGCUCCUCAUCCGCCGGUCGGAUAGAGGGGCGAUGCUGCUUGAGCCGCGACAACACAAGCGAUCCUGAACGCAUCACCGGGUUGGAUCUGUCCAAAUGUUCACUAACUCACGUGAAUGGACUUCUCGAAGCUUCAAGAGCAAUAAUGAUAGACCUCUCCCUCAAUCCCAUUGUCAACAUCAGCGACGCAGCAUUUCAAGGCUUCAUUGAGUUAAAUGUCAUCAUUUUGCCAGAACACAUACACUGUCCAGGGGGCAACUCUUCCUGGGAAAAAGUGCAGGUCAGAGAGGGAAAUCGCUAUUGCGAGGGCCAAAUAGAUUCGUGCAACCAGAGCGGACAGCUGUCCAUUAACUGCCCAGAGAACUCCCUCUGCGGCCCCUACGGCCCGAGCUUCUUUGAGUGCAGCUGUGCGGACAACUUCCAUGGAUACAAGUGUCUUCGAAAGGGCGAGUUUCCCGGUCUCCUGGUGUUUGGGCCUCUCGGGGCGGUGACGGUGGUGAUGUCUUUGCUGCUGUGGGUCACGCAGAGACGUAAGGUCAAGCCCCUGUGAGGCCCGGCUGCAGCGGACUUCUUUUUUUAAACACUGAAAGCGAAAAUAUGGACAUGAGGUCUGAGGUGACGCCAGACUUACUUUUAAUCAUUGUUUAAUUUGACUUUUUUUUAUCUAGGUACAUUUUUAAAACCGCCACAUCAGUGCAAUUUUAGAGAAAAUUAAUCUCAACAUGUUGGUGUAGUUUUAAAUGGUUUUUACUUUUUGGCAAUGAUACCACUGUUACAUUAGAAUUAAUUUUUGAAAUGUAGUUAACUGACUCAAGAUGUUUGUAAAGGUGUUGUGUGUAUGAAAAUUCUGAGGAUUUUCUAGGUGUUAAUGGUGCCAAACAUGCACAGAGGGUGCGUUUACACGGUGGAACUACGUGUCCUGAAGCACAUUUGAGGACAUCUGUAGAGCUCAGAGAAUCGUUAACUUGAUGUUGAACAUGUGCUUCCCUCAGAGCGAAAACCAAGUCAGGUUCAACCAUCAAAAUGAAGAUUUUAUGUUUGAAGUUUUAUUCAAAAAGUGAGACAAUGACUUUAACUAAAGGUCUUUAAAAUGUUAGUUUGCUUUUAUGCUGUGAGCAGUUUUUUCACUUUUCCAUGCAGGGUUCUAAUAAAACAUUAAACCAUGAA